UAACUGGCUCAGAGAUACGAUUGGGAACAGCGUAUAGGAUAAGUCAGUUGAAGAAAGACACGAAACACUGGGUGGGAGCAGCCAUGAGUCUGAAGAGCACUGAUAGGCCGCCCCCUCCGUCCCCUUCUUCCCCACCGCCGCCACCCGAGCUGACCGCCCUGUGGGACAUGGACAGUGCUGACUACGAGUGUGACUGUCCAGGACCGCCUCCGGAGUUCAGGUUACCGCCUCCACCACGACCGCCUUUCCUCCAGGAAUCUUCGGGGGCGGAUUGUUCCGAGGCGCCGAUCCCAGACCUGGAGACUUGUGACGCUGUGCCUGUGAUAGACGCGGAGUACCACAGUAGCCCCGCCAUACCCUCGAUAGCAGUUAUCGUGGUCUGCUCUGUGCUGCUGCUUGCCAUGGUGCUCAUUGCUUCAGUACUAGUCUGGAAACAUAAGAGAAAAAUGCAGAACUUUCUGCCGUGCAAAACAUCCCCACAGAAUCGCUGUGACGUUUCUAACGGAAAUGGCGUCAUAUAUGAAGACCUCACCAACAUCCGACCGAGGACACUACCGAAUCACUGUGCCCCGGGUCAGACGGCGCCUUCAAUAGAGAUGAUUGACGUAAAGUCUGGGGCCAACUAUAACAGCGGAUUCCCGGUGCUCGGGAACCCUUCCGUGUUCAUCUGCCCAGCGCCUCGGCCCGAUCCUUACACGUCACAGGACCUCUACAAUCCGGUGUACGAGGAACUGUCUAACGGGUCGGGAGACCGAGGCGAGUCCGACCCAGACAGCGAGGGUGCAGCUCCCGCCCCCGAGAGUGAGGACGAGUUCGCGGAAGAUGAGCUGAGCCUCGGCGGGGAGUGUGAAGGCGGCUCCCAGCCCCCUCACCCGCAGCACCUCUCGGAAGACAUGGAGAGAGGCGGCCCUCUCAACUCCGGUACCAGCUCCCUCCAAGGCUCGACCGGCAACGAUCUCUGUCGUGACCUUGACUCGUCUGACGCUGAUGACCGUAGCAGAUUCCUCAUGAGCACUCCUCUUCCUGGACUUGGUCUUGGUCCGGGAGGCAGGAACUUCAGCCUUCCUCCAGGAUAUCGGAACCGAACUGCUCGUGGUCUGCAGCCGCACCAGCACCGUGCUCAGCACGGACCCCCUGAGCAGCGACGACCCCGGAGUCUGGACCGGCGCCGGGGGUGGCGCAGCAAGGGCCAACCACAGCAGAUAUCGCCCCAGUCGCCGGCGCGUCACCAGGACUGUGGUGAGUUCCACGAGGGGCUACUAUUGGACGCCUUGCUGCAGCUGUAUCCAAACGUGGUGACAACUAAUGGCGGCGGCGCACCCAGGUCGGGGCGCAGUGGCAGCAACACCGCCCCACAUCACCACCCCCCAGGCGUCCCCAGUGUUGCGCAUAGGCUACCUUACAUCCUGCAACCCCCUGUCCCGCCCCCGCCUCAUCGCAGUCAUGUAGUCAACCCGUACGAAUCGGUUCCGGUGUUGAACCAUCUGCACCAGCAUCACCAUGGUUCAGGGUACAGCCCACGGCAGCCACAAGAGCUCUUCUCCACGUUCCGACGUGGCAAGGCUCAAAGCCAGGACUCAUCGUUUGGCUCGGAUUCGGGAUAUAGCAAUAAUACAUCCUCUAGGGGACGAAGCUCAAAGGAUGCGCACAGACUUUCUGCGCAUAGCGGUGAUCUUGUGCUGUCAUAGUAGUGCGCGUCUGUAGGUCUUUAAGUAAUGCGAUAUGCAGAAAUGUCUAGGUAAGACAGCUGCCCCUGUCAUCUAAGGUUUACUUUUGUAGAAUGCACGUGUGUCAGCAUUGCAUUUUGAAGACGAAUUUUGUAAUGUGUUAUCUUUAGAAACAGCAGCAGUACCACCACCAUUGAAACGCCCAGUAGUUUGCCAUGAAGCUGUGGUGAGUUAGUUCUGUAGCGACGUCAACCUGUCAUCAUACAAUCAAAACAUGUGCAAUGACUUCAUGAGCAGUUAUCUGUUCACACAAAAAAGAAAUAUAUUGCCUUUCAUCUUUUAUAUGGUGAUCGACUGUCUUUACUCUUGUUUUACACCAUUCUGAUUGACAUCGCUGUGAAUCUACUUGAAGAAAAUGGCAGUUGUCUAUUGAUUUUGAGACAGUUCUCAUUCCAAUAUACAGUCUGUAUCUAAGUAACACUUCCACAGUUAAAACAGUGAGAGUUAAAAGUGACAGGUUGGUAAGCCUGAUUUAUCAGACUGUUUAUUAUGAGACUGAAAUACAGUGAUCAAUAAGUUCAUCAGAUUUUUCUGGCUAUGUAUCCAGCAGUUAAAUAUAUCAGUGACAUUAUUUAUUAUUGAGAAUAAAUUUUUGAGGUCUGCGUGUCCGCUAAACGAGAGGUUAAAAAUUAACUUUAUGUACAUAUUAUUCUCAUAUGAUCUUAUACAUACAUUAUUAUUAAUCAAGUAAUUGUGAUCUCUCGUCCUAUUACCCUCUGCACAACAGAAAGAUUUCCAUUUGCAAAGUAGAUAAAGUAAAUUGAAGAAAAUUUGCAGGAAUAUAACAUAGAAGUUGAAAAUAUUAAAAGUGUACUUUAACUUUCAAACAUGUCAAAUUUUUAAAACCAAAAGCAAGCAGGGUUUCUUCUCAAUAGUGAUUUUUCUAUAGAACGAAUUUUAAGAAAAACUCUGUUUUUCACUCCUGUGAUCUGUGACUUGUUUCCUGUACAUUUAUAGAUCGUGAGAAGAGACAGAAAAUAAUAGAAAUUUGAAACAAUAAUGUACAUCUCUCACAGCUUAUUUAGCAAUACAGCCAUAACCUUUUAAAUAGGCAGUUCUGUUGUCUUCGAUUUUGUAGGUCUGUAAGAAAACUUAUAGAGGGCCAUUGGUUUUGUGCACUGGUGUUCAUUAAAUUUAUUAAUUAAGUUAAUCAAAAUUAGAACAAAACGCAUCUUAAUUCGUGUAAUAAAUAAUUUUGAACAUGCCAUUUAUAAGAGUGUAUGUUGGGUACCUCAAAGUGAUAUGAUCGAUAGCUUCUGUGAAACUACUAAAUGAUUUAUGAAGACUAGUUUGUACUUAUUAUUUAAUUUUACUUGAUCCUCAUGUUCAACUUUCUUUUUGCCAAACCUUUAUUUAUUUUUAAACCUGAGAAUUUGGAUUUUACUACUAAAUUACUGAAUUUUCUGGACAACUGUCACUUGUUGAAUUUUGAUUUGUUUGUCUAUAAAGACAUGUGAUAAAUGUAAUAAGUAACUGAUGAUUUGUGGCAUAAAACAUAGUUAAUUAACUUAUUACAGGGCUGUUAAUAGACGAUACUCACCAUUUCAGUGCUCUGUUAUAAUUGAAUUUACAUGUGUUCACUCACGCAUGAAACACAUUCAGAACACUUUGAAACAAAAGAUAAUUUAUCUGCUGCAUAUAUUCUUUGCCAACACUUCGAUAUGCAUCAAAAUAACAAUUGAGUUCACUGGAAGUGUACCACCUUAUUUCAGUUAUUGCAAGUACGGUAUAAAUCUGUGUUACUUAUUGGCAGAUUUUAUAAAGAACAUGACUUCAAGAUGUAAAUGCAAUUGUAGUAGUAUGCCAUGGAUAGUGUGGUUAUUUAUGGGUACCAUGUCUGGCAGUCUGCUUUUCUGGAUCAAAAUCCUUAAACAGUAUAUCAGAAAGAUAUUUGUGGUAGGAACAAUGGCGUUAAAAACACAGAGAUUCUUUACAGUGUAACUCUUGUUUCUUCUGUAUAAAACACUGUACCGAAAUGGUGAACAAACUUUUGAAUAAACUUGUAAAUAAUCCUAAAUUGUAAGUCAAGAACAGAAUUUUGUAGAAUUGAAAUUUUCAGUGCAUUUAUAUACAGUUGACAAACAUUCUAAAUAAUGUAAGAAAAUUGACACUCAGACAAAUUUAUGAUAAUAGUCACAUGUCUGUCUUCUAUCAGUCACUUCGGUUUUUUUUAUGGAAACGUUUUCAUAUCCUAAAAUCUUCUUGCUUAUUGUACAGUCAAAAGUGAAAGGAUACAAAAGAUGUUUUGAUAAAAUCAUAUCAAUAUUUUUUCUCUAUUCCAGUCACAAGCAGCAAACUCACAUUUAAUAGUUCAGGCAAAAUGGAAGUAUUCUACCCUGUAUUAUUUCAGGUAUAUCUAAGUUGAAUGAUAUUAUAAUAAAUGUUUAGAUACUUGGAAAUGGUAGUCCACAGAAAUAAGGAUGAAUUCACAGAAAUCAUACUUAGUUGAUAAAGUAAUAUGAAUUACAUUUUUAUAUCCAUCACUUUGAUUACAUUUUAAUAAAACAUAUACAGUUAUGAUCCCAAAUUCUAUGUUAGAUUGUGCCCUCUAGAAUUUUAGUUGAAAUUAAAUUAAAUAAACAGUACCCUAGAAUUUAUUCAAAACAGUUUUGAGGCCCAUUAUUCAGUUUAGGAUUUAAUGGAAAAACUAGUUGCUGCCUAUUUCCUUUUCUCUCUCUCUCUUUGUUUUUGGACAUCUUGGUACUGUAAUAUAUACACUGCCUGAGAUGCAGUGGUAGGAGGCCAUAAAUCCCAAAGUAUUUGUGCCUGUCAUAUCUGUUGAAUACUAUAUUCUGAGUUAACUGUAGAAAUUGCAAAAAGUAUGUAUUAAUUUGGAGGCAAUAUUUACAACAGCAUAAAGUAUCCUGGCAUAGACCCUGAUAUACUGUAGUUUUUAAAGCUAAAGCUUCCCAGUGGACAUACACACAUUAUGGAAUACUUAGAUAUACAAACAAAUUUUGGAGAAGUUUUUAGGCAAACGUAUCUGAAAUCCAUUGUGUUUGUUGACAUAAUAAAAGUCCUUAAUAUUCCAUGCUGUAUGGUACUGGACCUAGUGACUGAGGUUAGCUCUUCAUAAGGGACCAAACAGACUGGUGGUUCCCCUCUCACAUGAGGAUGGAAAUAGAUCCAGUUUCUAAAAUAUUCUGUUCUCUAGUUCUUACAAUACUGAACAAUGGACAGAGUCUAGAAACCAUUUAAUUAUGAGUGAGAGAAAUGGUGAACGUUUAACAUGAAUUCAUUAUAUACUUAAGUGAAAAUAAACUUAAAUAAAUUUCUUCUGAACAAGUAUCCAUGAAAGAGGACUUCAGAGUAAUACAAUUAAAACACCCAGUUUUGAAGAAAAUUAUAAUGCACAUUGUUUAUUUGUACAAUUAUCUAUGACUUGAAACCAACCAGAAGUAAUCUUUUGAUAAAUACUAUAAAGCUGCUCCCUGGGUUAUGCAAGAUUCAGCUUAUGAACAUACAUACUUGCUGCAAUUUCCAACUUAGAAAAAAUCCAUCAAACACAAAGGUCUGUGGAAGCGAAACCUUGUAUAAAUCAAUGACUUUCCCUUCGAUUAUGAGAUACCUUUGAGCUCUGAAUCCACGGCUAUUCUGUGUGCUAUGCACUUAUAUGUAUUUUGACAAGUAAAUAAGAAUGACGAGAUCUAAAUUUAAGAAAGGUUUUAAACCUGCCAUUAAUCUGAUAGAGGAAAUUAGACAGCAAUAGUUGAUCCAAGACUCACAGCUGCAGACAGAAUAACACGUCUUAGAAGCCACUCUGACUAGAGACCCUUAAUAAAAUGUUCUGCUUUAGAAGUGGAAACUCCCACAUU